UAAUGCAUUGAAGUUUUUUUUUUUGACAAUGAAAUACACUGAGCUACUUGUUCAUUUCGCAUCUGUUCCAUUGUCCGUUCAAGGUUUGAAAAAACAGUUUGAUGACCUGGAUUGUUCAUGCAGAUUUUUUAUUAAGUUUAAAUUGAUCGAAGACUCAGAUCGCCAAUAUGCUCGUUAACAAAAAAAUCACAAGAUUUUGGUGGAACCGGCUGGCUCCGGCGUUUAACAUUAGCCGAUUUGCCUGAAUUGUUCCAUGUCCGAAUCGGAGAGGAACCAACAGCUACGGAUCUGAGUUUCUUUAAAACACCCCCCACAAAUAUAUGCUCCGCCCUGAAGCCCGUUUCAUAAACCCUAGUUCAAUCCCCUCUCUCCCUCUUCGCUGUUUUUGUGGGCCCCUACUGUUAAACCCGAAAUACAUUUCUCUUCUGCUUAUAAGUUCACAGAAAACCCUAAGUUUUGUGGGUUACAGAAUCCAAUAGGUUUUGCUUACAAGUUCAACGAAAACCCUAAUUUUUGUGGGUUGCAGAAUCCAAUAGGUUUUCCUGCAUGAUCAAACUUUCUGGCUUCCUCGAUCAAUGGCGUGGCUUCUGCGAGUGCGACGAACACCAUUAAUUUCCUCUGCAAUUUCUCAUGCUAAAACGCUAAUUUCACAGCAUCACCUCAACAAUAACAAUGCUUUAAUCUAUAGACCAUUUGCCCCAAAACCCGUGUGUCGGAUUCGCAAUUACAUAGCUGAGAUGCACAAAACCGCAUUUGAAGGCAACAUGUUGCGGAUGAUUCGUAGGGAAAUUCAAUAUGAGAUGGAAUAUACUCCUCCAAAUGAGCCUGUUGCCGAGUUGUCUUCAUUUACAGUGGAGGACAGACCAGGUGAACAAUGGAUUCGAUUGAGGGGAAAAUAUGGAGAUAACGAAGACAUUAAAAUUGAGGUUACAAUGUUUGACGGAUCCAUUCCCAUUUCCAAAUCCAACCAAAACACAGGCGCUGAUUUCAAAUUGCAUAUUAGCCUCAUUGUUGACAUAUCAAAAGGAGAGGAUUGUGAUGUUUUGCAGUUUAUAUGCUCGGCUUGGCCUGACUCAAUGGCAAUUGAGAAGGUUUUCACUCUUAAGCGCAAUGCAUUGCCUGGACCACCUUAUGUGGGACCUGAUUUCAAAGAACUGGAUGAUGAGCUUCAGGCCAGCCUUCAAGAGUUCCUGGAAGAGAGAGGCAUAGAUGAAGAUCUUGCCAUUUCCUUGCAUGAAUACAUGUUGAACAAAGAUAAAACUGAGUUGCUUGGAUGGUUGGAGAAGGUAAAAUCUUUUUUAGAGAGAUGAAGCUCUUUUGCCUUCAGAGUCUCUAUUGAACUUUUAUUCGCCUUCUCUUUUUCCUUGGGAUAAUAUCUGGUUGCACCAUGGCAGCAGCACUGAUUAUUUUUUUCAUUUCUUGAAAUGUGAAAGUAACCAGAAUGAAUGUAUCUAUCUUCUUUUCCAUGAAAAUCAAGGUUUCUUAUCAAAACUGAAAAACAUAAAUGAGAAAACAGUGUCCAAGG